UUCCAAUUCUAUCAAAAUGUCGCUCUACAGCAGAAUGAUUCGGUGGAGGGCAUGCCAGUCGGUUAAGUCAUGUUGUUCUUUGCACAAGACAGCUUUAUCGAGAGCAAAAGUCAAUUUGGAACAAGUUGCAAGGUUUUCAGGCAGCAAGUUAGUGUGCAACCAACAAGAGGUGGAGGCACCAACUCCCAUGAGAGGGGAAGAGACUGAGUCUGUAGCAGACACUGCUCUGCAACACGACGACUAUUUUGGGCUAAAAAAUCUUGUCACAGUCAGAGAUUUAUUUGAGGCAAGGGUUCACUUGGGUCACAAUUCUGGACUCCGCCACGAGUCCAUGAGUCCGUAUAUCUUCGGCGAGCGCCAGGGCACAGACAUCAUCGACCUUGAGCAAACUCUGCCGCUUCUCCAGCACGCGCUGGACGUGUGCGCCCACAUCGUGUACCGCGGCGGGAUGGUGCUCUUCCUGUCUCGUAACCAGCAGACGCUGCCGUGGGUGGAGCGCAUGGCGCAGGAGGUGGGGGAGUACUCGCACUGCCGCCCGUGGAAGAGAGGUAUCUUCACCAACGCGUCCAGCAUUUUCAGCACGCUGCCGAUCUACCCGGAGCUGUGCGUGUUCCUGGGCACGCAGGACACGGUGUUUGAGAUGCACCUGGGCAUCGUGGAGUCCUCCAAGCUGCUCAUCCCCUCCAUCGGGGUUGUCGACUCGAACUGCGACAACAGCGACCUCACCUACCACGUCCCCGGCAACGACGACACGCCGGCGGCCAUACACCUCUACCUGCGGCUGUUUAGGGAGGCGGUGACGCGGGCCAAGGCCAAGCGGAAAGAAGACGGGUUGAGCCUCGAUCCAGUGGCGUAUGAUGAGAGUUGAGAGUGUUACAACUUACAACGUGUGUGAAUGGGCAAGGAUUGGUAGCAAAUGUAUAAAUGA